ACAAAACUCGCCGAGUAAUUCAGCUUAUCACAGACCCACAGAUAUUCCGACAUGAUGUGAUUCAGAGAUUGUGAGUUUCAAACAGAACACUUCCUUUUGUUCGGUCUUAAUUUCCGUGUGUCACAGCUGAGAAAACAAUGGCGUCUUUUGGUAAAGUAUGUACGUACAAUAAGCCUGUACCGGUAUUAACUACUACUCUCUGUAAAUGCUCAUGCCGUGUAUCCACUAAGAAAACCCUAAAUCUCCCACCUUUCUCCGAUUACUCGAGCCUACGUCUGGUCCGUGAUGCCAAAACCGAACCUUUGUUUCUUUCCCGCCUUGGUCGGAUUCCUGUUAAACGGCGUUUCCUCACGGCCGUUACUCGAGCUGAAUCGAACCAGCUUGGUGAUGACAACUCAGAGGGAGUUGAUAAAAGAAUCCACGAUUUGCAGAAUGUUGAAGAAGAAGAGAAGCAGAAGAAAGCAAGCCAGCUUAAGAAAAGAGUCAUCUUUGGUGUUGCCAUUGGGUUACCUGUUGGAGGUGUUGUCUUAGCUGGAGGAUGGGUUUUCACAUUAGCCUUGGCAGCUUCUGUUUUCAUCGGUUCUCGUGAAUAUUUCGAGCUCGUUAGAAGUAGAGGCAUAGCUAAAGGAAUGACUCCUCCUCCUAGAUACGUAUCACGUUUUUGCUCCGUUAUAUGUGCUCUUAUGCCCAUACUUACACUGUACUAUGGUAACAUUGAUAUAUGGGUGACAUGCGCAGCGUUUGUUGUUGCAAUGGCUUUGUUAGUACAGAGAGGAAACCCACGUUUUUCUCAGCUGAGUAGUACAAUGUUUGGCUUGUUUUACUGUGGCUAUCUCCCUUGUUUCUGGGUUAAGCUUCGUUGUGGUUUAGCUGCUCCUGCGCUCAACACUGGAAUUGCAAGGACUUGGCCAAUUUUUCUUGGUGGUCCACCUCAGUGGACGGUGGGACUCGUGGCAACGUUGAUUUCAUUCAGUGGUGUGAUUGCCACAGACACAUUUGCUUUCCUCGGUGGCAAGGCUUUUGGUAGGACACCUCUUACUAGUAUUAGUCCCAAGAAGACAUGGGAAGGGACUUUUGCUGGACUUGUUGGUUGUAUAGUCAUUACCAUUCUACUCUCUAAGUCUCUGUCUUGGCCUCAGUCUCUGUUCAGCUCCAUUGCUUUUGGGUUUAUUAACUUCUUUGGGUCAGUCUUUGGUGAUCUUACUGAAUCAAUGAUCAAACGUGAUGCUGGCGUCAAAGACUCUGGUUCACUUAUCCCUGGACAUGGUGGAAUAUUGGACAGGGUUGAUAGUUACAUUUUCACCGGUGCAUUAGCAUACUCGUUCAUCAAAACAUCCCUUAGACUUUACGGAGUUUGAUGAUCCACUGUAGCUUCAAGAAAACUUACAAGUGGUUCCACGGUACAAAGUAGCUGUGAAAAAAGAAAAAUAUGGUGCAGUGUUGUUGCCAUUUGAGAGAUGCAGAAGACUUGUAAGAGCCUAUGUGACUAUCUGGUUCAGUGCAACUACCGGUUUGGGUUUGGUUAAUGUUUGACAGUUGAGUUGCCAAAGAAAGUCGGGCUUUAAUUAGUAAUUGUUAUGAAUAUUACGGUGAUGCCAUUAUGGCAUAUCUUAAAUAUACUUGUUCUCCAAGCUUUAUUUGUUCUCCAAGUGGCUUUGUCCACAAGCUAUUGUAAUCCUAUAUAAAGGACUCAUUACUCAUGGAAUAAUACACACCAAUUUCUCUC